UUUGGCCACAACACAGCAAUGACAGAAGAAAUACAACAAAGACGUCUAAUAAGACCAGGUGGUCGUACGCCAAUUACAGAUCUCACUGAUGUGGAAGUUACUUUGAAUAAGUCAUUGUUGAAAUUGGCUGCUGGGGAAGGACCAACGUUUAAGAUAGCCAAAAUUCACUCGGCUACAAAACAAAUAGUCUGUGGUUCUCGUACUGAAAUUAAUGCUGAUUUGACAAAUGGUGUUGGUGAAACAAAAGAAUACAGGGUUAUUAUAUGGUCUCAACCAUGGCUGCCUGAUGGUAUCCAAGUGACUUUUCAAUGUGAGGGAGAGCCAGAAAUUGUUCGAAAACAUAGUCCAUAGAACAUUAAUAAACAAUGAUCUGUGCAUUUUAUAAGAAUAAGAAU